UUGACAUAUACUACCAGAAAACUACGAAUGAGUUCGUAGUUCUCUGAGUACUAUGCUGUUAAACGCGUCUUCCGUGUUUACCGGUUAACCUAUAUGUCUUUGUCAACUGUCAAAAAUUCUAAUAUUAAUAGUCAACUUCUGCACUGCAAAUAAAUUGUGUAGUAUUUGUAUUUGUGAUUUGUGAAAGCUGGUAAUUUUUUACUAUUGAAAAACCUAUACAUUAUGGAAAUACUUGCACCUCAUUUAAGUAAAGUAAAAGUUCCAAAGGCCAACGAUAAAGUAUAUAAGGAUGAGUGUGUAUAUUCCUUUGACAAUCCUGAAUCAUCUACCGGUUUAUAUGUAAGUUUGGCUACCUUCAUUGGUUUAGGACAUGAUCAUGUUGAAAAAUAUGCAAAAACUUAUGAUGCUUUAUUUUUGCAUUUAAGAAGAGAAAAGUUUGAAAUUCAGUCACCACCACAGGGAGAUGGUCCAGAAAAGAAAAUCACCCGAUUAGCAAUUGGCGUUGAAGGAGGAUUUGAUCCAGAAUCGAGCAAACAGAAAUUCGAGUACAAAGAUAAUUACAGCAUUGUAGUGCUGCCAAGCUUUACUACUUUUGAGUGGCCAGAUGAUAAUCUUCCAGAACUGGUUAAAUUGUCCGUACAAGCUAUCAUUGAUUUACCUUCAGCAAAUAAACUUGCUGAGCUGCAAGCUCUCAGUGGGACCUGGGAUGGUGAAGUUCGAGAAAUAUCCAGACAUGCAUUAGAUCUCAAACAACUCGAUAAUGGAAAGAAAAUUCCUCCGACUGGAUGGAAAUGCGAAAAAUGUGAUAAGACUGACAAUUUGUGGUUAAAUCUCUCUGAUGGAAGUAUUCUGUGCGGUAGAAAGUUCUACGACGGUACAGGAGGAAACAAUCACGCUGUGGAGCAUUAUAGCUUGACUAAUUAUCCAUUGGCUGUAAAAUUAGGAACAAUUACCAAAGAUGGUAAAGCUGAUGUUUUCAGCUAUAGUGAAGAUGAUAUGGUGGAAGAUCCCAAUUUAAUUCAGCAUUUAGCUCAUUGGGGUAUUAACAUCGCUAACAUGGAAAAAUCGGAGAAGUCAAUGGUGGAAUUGGAAUUAGAGUUAAAUCAGAAAACUAACGAAUGGAUGGCAAUACAGGAAAAUGGGGGUGCCUUAAAACCUAUUUACGGUCCUGGUUAUACAGGAAUGACAAAUAUGGGGAAUUCAUGUUAUCUAAACAGUGUUAUGCAAAUGCUUUUUACAAUUCCUGAUUUUAUUUUUAAAUACUAUGAUGGAGCACUUCCUUUCUAUGAAAAAGCAGGUUUGAACGCUCCUGAGGAUUUCAAUCUACAAAUGGCGAAACUUGGACACGGUCUUUUAUCGGGAAAAUAUUCUGUACCUCCUCCCGCUGGAUCCCCUGUCGAUGCCGAUCCUCCUGGAAUUUGUCCCCAAAUGUUUAAAAAUCUCGUCGGAAAAGGACAUCCCGAAUUUUCAACGAAGAAACAACAGGAUGCUCAAGAAUUUUUACUUCAUAUUUUAUCAUUAUUAGAAAGGAAUUCGAAAGACUCGACAAACCUAAACCCUGGAGACUGCUUUAAAUUCCAAGUCGAAGAAAGAUUUCAGUGUGGUUCUAGUAAAAAGGUUAAAUAUUUAACACGAUCUGAACUUAUUUUGUCUUUAUCUAUACCAUUGGAUGCAGCCAUUAACAAAGACGAGGUAUCUGCAUACGAAGCCCGAAAAGUAGAAGUAGAAAAACAAGGCAAACGACUAGAACCAGACGCAAUUGUUCGUCCGAAAAUUCGGUUUAUCUCAUGUUUAGAAUCUUUUAGCGAACCAGAACUUAUAAACAAUUUUUAUAGUUCGGCUGUUCAAGAGAAUGUCACUGCAAGAAAAACAACUAGGUUGUCAUCAUUUCCUGAUUACUUGGUAAUCCACCUCAAAAAGUUUAUGUUGAGGGAAGAUUGGGUCCCAAUUAAGUUGGACGUUUCUAUAGAAAUGCCCGACGUAUUAGACGUAAGUUCCCUUCGUGGAGAUGGACCUCAGCCAACGGAAGAGUUACUACCAGAACUCCAAGUACCUCCACCAGCUCCGUCUAUGGAUGAAGGAGUUAUUAGCCAAUUAAUGGAAAUGGGUUUUCCAAUAGACGCAUGUAAGCGAGCAAUAUUUCAAAGUGGAAAUGCUGGCGUGGAACCGGCUACCGCUUGGAUUAUGGAACACAUUGCAGAUGCGGAUUUCACAGAUCCUUUCGUGCCUCCCGGUACCGAAAAUACUAAAUUUGUCCCAAAUCCAGAUGCCUUAGCUACAAUUGCCUCUAUGGGAUUCACUCCAGAACAGGCUACCAAAGCUCUAAAGGCAACUGAAAAUAAUGUUGAGAGAGCGAUGGAUUGGAUUUUUUCACAUCAAGACGAGUUGGAUAACAUAAAAUCACCACCACCACCUACAUUUAGAGAUGGAGAAGGAAAAUAUAAACUCGUUGGAUUCAUCUCCCACAUGGGUCCUUCUACGCAGGUGGGCCACUACGUUGUACAUUUAUUAAAGAACGGUAACUGGGUCAUAUUUAACGACAAUAAGGUUGCUUUGUCAGAGAAUCCGCCAAAAGACUUAGGUUAUUUGUACUUAUAUGAAAGGAUCUAAUGGAAAAUUGCCAACUAAUUGCAUUAUUUAAUAUUAAACUGUUUUUACUUGUUAAAAAUAAAGAAAGAUCGCUAAUUUA